AUGGUAAAGGCUAUGCUCGGAACGGGCCUUCUCUCGUUACCGUUAGCUUUCAAACAUGCUGGACUUUUCUUGGGUCUUUUUCUUACGGUUAUAAUCUGUCUCAUUUGCCUCUACUGCAUGCGGCAAGUCGUAUUCGCAGCACAUUUCGUCUGCAACAGAAAUGGACGAGAUUUGAUUGACUAUGCCAAUAUUUUACGAGGUGCCGUAGAAAUGGGUCCAAACUGGAUUCGACACAAAGGAUAUUUCUUCAAGCAACUUCUCAAUGUAAACAUGUUCGUUUCUCAGUUAGGAUUUUGCUGUGUGUAUUUUGUAUUUAUGGCUGAUAACCUGGAAGAUUUUUUCAAUGCUAAUACAUCGAUCAAGCUUUCAAAAGCCGUCUGGAUGCUUUUGCUACUUAUUCCGAUGCUAUCUGUUUGCUCUAUACGAAGGCUGUCCUUGUUGGCUCCACUUGCUAUGGCUGCUAACUUUGUGUACAUAGUUGCCAUUAUGCCGAUUGAAAAUCGUAUGCGCAAUCCGCAUUCGUUCAUCGCGUGGAACGGCGUUCUGAAUUCGAGCUGUCUGGUUGUACUCGCUAUUUUUUCAGUCACAGGAUUUUAUGGAUACCUCUCGUUGGGUGACGAUGUGAAAGAUACAGCUACACUGAAUCUCCCAAUGACGCCGUUCUACCAAACGAUCAAAUUGAUGUUCGUUGGGUGCAUUAUGAUUUCGUACCCGCUACAGUUCUAUGUUCCUAUGGAACGUGUUGAGAAAUGGAUCACGCGGAAGAUUCCA